AUGGCUCGUGGUGCCAAUAAUCCUCGCCCACCACCAGCGGAUUCUUCCUCUGGUUCAUCUUCUUUCAUGGAAGAUUCUUCCAGUCCUCAUUUUUUGCACAAUGGUGAUCACCCUGGCCUGGUAUUGGUAUCCCAUUCUCUUACUGGUUCCAAUUUUAGUUCCUGGAAGCGUGCUAUGCUUCUUGCCCUUACCGCGAAGAACAAACUUGUGUUUGUUGAUGGUUCUAUUCUUCGCCCUUCUCCCAAUGAUCUGUUGUUUCCUUCCUGGACUCGUUGCAAUUCCAUGGUCAUAUCCUGGAUUUUGAAUUCUGUUACUAAGGAGAUUGCUGAUAGCCUCCUUUAUUUUACUACUGGAUAUGAGGUUUGGAAUGAUUUACAGACCCGUUUUUCCCAGGCAAAUGGUCCACGUAUUUUUCAACUCAAGCAACACGUUUCAUCUUUUUCUCAGGGCUCCCUUGAUGUUAAUGCCUAUUAUACAAGGUUGAAAUCCUUGUGGGAUGAGUUACAGGAUCACCUGCCUCUUCCCUCUUGCACAUGUGGUGCUCUUCAUGCGAUUCGCACAGGCAGGGAGCAGGACCACGUCUUGCAAUUUCUCAUUGGCCUUAAUGACUCAUUUUCUUCUGUCCGGGCUCAGAUUCUCCUCCUUGAACCACUGCCGUCACUUGCGAAAGUCUUCUCCAUGAUCUUGCAAGAAGAACGCCAACGUCAGCUCUCUAUUUCCUUGCCUAUUCCGGUUGUUCCUGACUCACCCCUUAUCAACUCCGCUGCCCCUCCUUCUCACAACCCACCCACGGCCGCUGCUACUUUUCAACGUCGCCCUAGAUCUGUUUGCACUUUUUGCAACCUUUCUGGUCACACACGUGACAAAUGUUUUAAAUUACAUGGCUACCCUCCUGGGUAUAAACCCAGAUCUCCUAGGCCCAACCCGACUCCUCACCAGGCCCAAGCCCAUUUUGCCCACUCUCGGCCCUCACCCCCACUUCUCCCUUUACCAUCGCCAGCUUCCUCACCUCACCUUACCUCACCGACAGCUACCCACUCCUCUGAUGUGCCACUUGCUUUUACCCCAACCCAAUAUAAUCAGCUGCUUGCGUUGCUACAUCAAAAUUCUGCACCGUCAUCUUCGUUCUCCACUUCGUCCGUUACUGAUUCCUCACCAUCGAUAGCAAGUUUCAGUGGUAAGCCACCUCUUGCUCUCCCUCCGUCUUGUUGGAUUUUGGACACAGGUGCCACGCACCACGUUUGUCUUUCUGCUACUCUCUUUUCCUCAUCUUCCUCAUCUGAUUCUUUGGUGUCUUUUCCCAAUGGGUCUUCUGCAGUGGUCACUGAUGUUGGUUCAGUGUCCAUUUGUGGUCUUUUUACCCUACACAAUGUCCUUUGUGUUCCUUCGUUUUUCUUCAAUCUUUUAUCCAUAAGUGCUUUAACACGUGAUUCCCCUAUUCUUGCUCAUUUCUCUGACUCUCAUUGUUCUCUUCAGGACCGUGCUUCGGCAAGGACGAUUGGGAUUGCUAGAAGACACGGCGAUCUUUACAUACUUGACACCACACACCUUUUCCCAGCAGAUAAUGUUCCCCAUUCCUUUUGUUUUUCUUUUACUAAAAGACCCUUCCCUCUGGCAUUCCAGAUUAGGGCACCUCUCUGUUUCCGUUUUAAAUUCAAUGAAAUCUUUGCUGGGUUUUUCUGA